CUCCAGCACGCUGACGUGCGCUGGAGCUCACUACCCGUCCUAAACUCCCUCGUAACCAGAGUGCAGCUUGCCCAGUGCAUGUUUCGCCAUGUGGAACCCGAAACAGAGAUCCAAGACUUUAGCAACGUUAAAGUCGUUUCCGUACCCAAAACCAAGCUUGAACUCGAAGGAUUCCGACGGACAGAAGCGCCGUAAAUGGUUGCCCUUGGUUCCUAAGAGCAACGUGAAGAGAGCACUCGCAGCCAUUGCGCUCGUGUUCUUACUGUUUUUGUGCGGGAAAACGCUGUAUGGGUCGAGUAAUAGCAAAAUUGUAAUUGUGGUCGCCAGUAACGAAGGCGGCGGUGUUCGUGAAGUGAAAAACCGAAAGCAAUGGGCUUUGGAACGGACGUCACUGAGCAACAAGGUCGCGUACGCGAAGAAGCACGGCUACUACAUCAGCAUCAAGGAUGUUGGGCUGAAACGCCGGUACACACACGAAUGGAGAGAGUCCUGGGAGAAGGCAGACCUUUUACUGGAAGCCAUGAAGGAUUUCCCGAGGGCAGAGUGGUUCUGGUGGCUUGACUUGACGACUUACAUUAUGGAACCGAGCAAGUCUAUUGAGAAGCAUGUUAUCGAUCGUCUCGACAAGAUUGGCACCCGCAAUCUGACGGAGCCGGGUGCCCACAACCCACUCAAUUACGAGCCUAUUCCUCAUGAGGAUUUUACCGGUGACGUGAACAUGGUCCUCACGCAGGACUGUAAUGGUUUCAGCUUGGGUUCGUUCUUCAUUCGUAGAAGCGAAUGGACGACCCGGCUGCUCGACGUGCUUUGGGACCCAGUGGUGUAUGGAAAAAUGCAUCAGAACUGGGCUCAUCAGGAACAGGAUGCCUUGCAACACAUGUACGAAACGCAUGCUUGGGUCCGUAACGGAGUGAUCUUUGUUCCUCAACGUACUAUUAAUGCAUUUCCCCGUGGUGCUUGCGAGGGUUCUACCGAUGCUCGAUUCUUCUACGAUCAAAAAGACCGGGACUUUGUUGUCAAUAUGGCCGGUUGUAUGUUUGGAAGAGAUUGUACAGAAGAGUUGGCCUUUUAUAAGCAAUUGAGCGAGAAGCUCAAUUCCUGGCGUUUUUGGUAAACAGUCAUUGAAUUAUACAGGCUGCAUAUGAUGACCAAAGAGAGAAUAUCUGAUUCAGCAGCGGGCGAGUUAACGAAUUGCGCGAGGGGGGGACUCCCCUCUGCAAUUCAACCGUUUGGUCGGGUGAAUGUAACCCUUCCAUACGGCGUUAGUCAUCGCGUUUAUAUCGGAGCGUUCUUGCACUUGCAACGAACAUCCAGCUGCUGCUAAUGAUCUUAAAGGCAAAGUCUGAUGCAGAACCAAUUCAGAUGUUUCCAUCAGUGCACCAAAAAAAAAGACUAUCGACACUUAAACUCAACGUCUCAAUUUUUUAAUGAACAAGUUUUGC